GCACUCCCUGCCUUCCGCCGCGGCAGCUUUGGAGGCUGAGGCUUCAGUUGGAGAGGUGUGGCCGCGUAUCUACCGAGGGAGGAGUUCCAGGAUUGGACAGGUGUCCAGGGUGAGCUCUUCAUCAACCUUGGCAGCUUGAGCAACUGCCUGCGGUCCCUGACCAGUCAUCAUGCCUCGGGGUCAGAAGAGUAAGCUCCGUGCCCGUGAGAAACGCCGCCAGGCCCGUGCUGAGACCCAGGGCCUAGAGGUUUCUAAGGCCACUGGGGCAGUAGCAGCAGAAGGAAAGCCCCCUUCCUCUGAGAAUCUGCCUGCUGCUGGGGCACGCAGCACUUCUGAGGCACCUGAGGGAGCCACCGGUGCUACUGCAUCUGGUUCAGGCACCAACUCAGCUGAAAAUAUCAAUAGCCCAAAGGCGGAAAGCGCAAGCUCCCCCAAGGGCACUGAGAGCUCACUCAGUGAGAUUUUAAAUAAGAAAGUGGUUUUGUUGGUGCAGUUCUUGCUGCAGAAGUAUCAAAAGAAAGAGCCAAUUAGAAAGGCAGACAUGCUGAAGUGUGUUAUCAAACAGUACAAGAGUCAUUUCAAUGAGAUCCUCAAGAGAGCUUCUGAUCACAUGGAGCUGGCUUUUGGUGUUGAUUUGAAGGAAGUGGAUCCUACCAGGCACUGCUAUACCCUUGUCAACAAACUAGACCUCGCCUAUGAUUCAGCUCUGAAUGAAGAUGAGCACAUGCCAAAGACCGGCAUCCUGAUGAUUGUGCUUGGUGUGAUCUUCAUGAGAGGCAACUGCGCCCCUGAAGAGGCGAUCUGGGAAGUGCUGAAUAUGAUGGGUGUAUAUGCUGAAAGGAAGCACUUCAUCUAUGGGGAUCCCAAGAAGGUCCUCACAGAAGAUCUGGUGCAGCUCAAGUACCUGGAGUACCGCCAGGUGGCCAACAGUGAUCCUCCAUGCUAUGAGUUCCUGUGGGGCCCGAGAGCCCAUGCUGAAACCAGCAAAAUGAAAGUCCUGGAAUUUUUAGCCAAGGUUCAUGAUACCGUCCCCACUGCCUUCCCAUCCUGGUAUGCAGAGGCUUUGAGAGAUGAGGAAGAGAGAGCCCGAGCCAGAGCUGUGGCCAGGGCUCGCACUGCUGCCCUGGCCAGUGCCCGCUCCAGAGCCACAGCCGGCAGCUCCUCCCAGGCUAAGUGAAAUGCGAAAAGGUUGAAAAAGAGCAGUAACAUUCUAAGCUGUGGAUGACCAGGGUGGAUCCACAGGGAAAGCUAUAAUAUCAUCUUUGUGUUUCUGUUCUAUAUGGUAAAC